CACGUCAUCAUUGCCAGUGGGUAUGCUGAUUUCGUUCGGUACUUUUCCAAAUUCCAGCGAGGCUGCUUUAUUAUUAGACACAUACAUGAUUAGAUCGUGGACGCGUAAACGACACUUUUCCGAAAUUCAGUCGCUUUAUUGUCGGCACAGUGCGUUACUCCAGACACCACUAAUGCGGAACUCAGAUCGCUGAGCAACAAGAGGAAAGUAACCGAAAUACUGAAUACAGGAUGAUCGUCAAUGGCACGGAGCCGUUUUUCGCCGGCCACGAGCUGAAAGAGCUCACUUUCGGAUGGACCGAUUACACCCUAUUCGGCGGUCUGCUGGGCGUCAGCGUUCUCAUCGGCAUCUACUUCGGUUUCUUCAGCACGAAGCAGGACAACACCACCGAAUACUUGCUCGGCGGCAAGACCAUGUCCUUUCUUCCGAUUAGCAUGAGCCUGAUAGCGAGUCACAUCUCGGGGGUGUCUUUGCUCGGCGUCCCCUCCGAGGUGUACCAGUAUGGAACUCAAUACGCAGCGUGCAUUUUUACAUCUUUCAUCAGCUGCUUCAUAAUCGUAUGCGUGUACCUGCCAGUGUUUUACAAGCUGCAGCUGACGAGCACUUUCGAGUAUCUGGAAAUUAGAUUCGCCAGGCCGGUCCGGCAAUUAGCGUCCUUCCUCUACACCCUCGCGCUGGUCAUCUACGUACCGCUGAUAAUCUACGUGCCGGCGUUGGCCUUCUCGCAAGCGACUGGGAUGAAUCUGCAUUAUGUCGCGCCAGUAAUAUGCAUGGUGUGCAUCUUCUACACGACCAUCGGGGGUCUGAAGGCUGUCGUAUGGGCGGAUACGGUUCAGAUGACGGUGACUGUCGGAAGUCUCAUUGCCGUUUUGAUACUGGGAACGAUCGCUGUGGGCGGCGUCGGUGAGACCUGGAGGAUAGCCGAGAAGGGUGGUAGAAUAGUGUUUUGGAAUAUGGAUCCCAGUCCUUUCGCCAGGAAUUCGUUUUGGGGCAUGUCAGUUGGAAUGGUAAUGACAUGGAUGGCAGGGUUGGGCAUCAGCCAGGUUUCUAUGCAAAGAUUUCUGGCAGUGCCUAAUAUUAAGGAAGCACAGAAGUCAAUAUGGUUUCUGGCUGUGGGCUUAGUGUUUAUAAAACUGAUUUCCGUUUUCACCGGCCUCACGAUGUACGCUAGAUAUCACAAAUGCGAUCCCAUAACUGCGCACGUGGUAGCAAGGAGCGACAAGAUAUUGCCGUAUUACGUGCUGGACGUAGCCGCGAACGUUCCGGGACUUCCUGGCCUCUUUCUCGCCGGUCUGGUGAGCGCCGGUCUCUCGACGAUGAGCGCCGGGUUGAAUACAGUCACCGGCACGAUUUACGAGGAUUUCAUCGAUCGCUGGAUGCCAGAGAGCGAUGACAAAGAGACUAAAGCCGCCAACAUCAUGAAGGUGACGGUGGUACUCCUAGGCAUCCUGUGCGUGGGCAUGGUGUUCCUCGUGGACCGUCUCGGCGACAUCUUCCAGCUGUCCCUGACCGUGACCGGUAUCACCGCCGGUGCCAUGCUGGGCCUGUUCUCGCUGGGGAUGCUGGUGCCGUGGGCGACGACCAAGGGGGCGGUGGUCGGCGGGCUGGUCUCGAUGGUGACGAUGAUUUGGAUCAUCGUCGGCGCGCAAUGGCACAUGGCCAAUCGCAGUCUCUAUUACGAGCCGCUGCCCUCCACGACGGAGGGUUGCCUGAACGUGCCCGGUCCGUUCAAUCGCACGACCGUGACGACGACCACGCAGAAUCCGACGCAAAUCGAGCCUGUGGACGAGCCUUUCUUCAUAUACAGGAUAUCCUUCAUGUAUUAUACUCUAGUAGGGGCCCUGAUCGUGAUGGUCAUCGGCACGAUAGUCAGCUUCAUCUGCGGCGCUCCUGAUAUAAGCGACAUUGACCGAGAUCACUUCCCACCGUUCAUAACCAGAUUUAUGCCACCCAAAAAAUACAUGGAAGUAUCGUUGCAUACGGUGCCGACAGCUUUGGUAACUAAUCCAGAGAAAGAAGAACUGAAAUCUUGAAUGAAACGUGUAUAUUUUAUCCCACCCUUAUUUGUCCUCCGUGACCUCACAAGACUUUUUAUUAAAACACACGCCCGCACGCGCGGACACAAUGUGGAUGCGCAUAAACGUUCGGAAAAUCGCUUCAUUACCAGCUCUAUGAUCUCUAUAAUAAUACUACAUAUCGAGUACAUUAGUAGUUAAAAAGAACAAUAUUCUAUCGAGAUAUGAAGCUUCCAUCGAGUGAAUUUAUAGGCCACUCCAAGCUGUCAAUAUAUUAACAUUGAUACAAAGAUGUUUCGAGAGAGAUUUCCGUAAACCGUCCAAGGAAGAAAGCUUCAAUCAAUAAAUCCUUAACGACAUAAAUUGUCCGGGGACAGCGAUCGACAGACAAGCGGACGCAUUUGCCGGGAGAUAACUGCAUCCAACUGGCCGGUCCGGAGUUGAAAGCACCCAUUAGAACGUCGAUGAGGGUGUCAAAUUGACUAGAUUAUAUAUCUGCCCCACGCAUCUCAAUACAAACAAGUCCCAGGCAUCUGAAACAUCUGGAGGAACGAUGCCUAUCGGAUUAGAGAAUGUAAAUGCUGCGGGGGUUUUUGUCGAGUCAUUCGUCGAGUCUCUCUUUAAAAUCCGCGAUGGAUUGAUCGGGGAUACCAGAGCGUGCCAGAGUCGCACGUUGGACAAGGAGACUUUUCCCGUUUCUCAAGACGUGACUCGCGGGGCGGACUUGUCGAAUUCGGGACGGCGAUAGGGAGGAUCGCUUAUCAGCGGCGAUCGCCGACUCGCGGACGAAGGAAAUCCCGAUCGACCGAUUCCGCGGGAACAUUCCACCGUUCCCCAGCGAGGAGAAGCGACGCUUCUGUCUCGAGGCGGCGACCACAUUCCACUGCGGAGCGGUUUUAUUUUAUUGGACUGAAAGGUGUCAAAUAUAGGCGGCCAGAGGCCCAUCUACUUA